GAGAGCAGAGGAGGAGAGUUGGGAAAGAGGGCAGAGGAGGAGCGUUGGGAAAGAGGGCAGAGGAGGAGAGGUGGGAAAGAGGGCAGAGGUGGAGAGGUGGGAAAGGGAGCAGAGGUGGAGAGGUGGGAAAGAGGGCAGAGGAGGAGAGGUGGGAAAGAGGGCAGAGGAGGAGAGGUGAGAAAGAGGGCAGAGGAGGAGAGGUGGGAAAGAGGGCAGAGGAGGAGAGGUGAGAAAGAGGGCAGAGGAGGAGAGGUGGGAAAGAGGGCAGAGGAGGAGAGGUGGGAAAGAGGGCAGAGGAGGAGAGGUGGGAAAGAGGGCAGAGGAGGAGAGGUGGGAAAGAGGGCAGAGGAGGAGAGGUGGGAAAGAGAGCAGAGGUGGAGAGGUGGGAAAGAGGGCAGAGGAGGAGAGGUGGGAAAGAGAGCAGAGGUGUAGAAGUGGGAGAGGUCGGAAAGAGAGCAGAGGAGGAGAGGUGGGAAAGAGAGCAGAGGAGGAGAUGUGGGAAAGAGAGCAGAUGAGGAGAGGUGGGAAAGAGAGCAGAUGAGGAGAGGUGGGAAAGAGAGCAGAGGAGGAGAGGUGUGAAAGAGAGCAGAGGAGGAGAGGUGGGAAAGAGAGCAGAGGAGGAGAGGUGGGAAAGAGGGCAGAUGAGGAGAGGUGGGAAAGAGAGCAGAUGAGGAGAGGUGGGAAAGAGGGCAGAGGAGGAGAGGUGGGAAAGAGGGCAGAGGAGGAGAGGUGGGAAAGAGGGCAGAGGAGGAGAGGUGGGAAAGAGAGCAGAGGAGGAGAGGUGGGAAAGAGAGCAGAUGUGGAGAGGUGGGCGAGGUGGGAAAGAGAGCAGAGGAGGAGAGGUGAGAAAGAGGGCAGAGGAGGAGAGGUGAGAAAGAGGGCAGAGGAGGAGAGGUGAGAAAGAGGGCAGAGGAGGAGAGGUGAGAAAGAGGGCAGAGGAGGAGAGGUGAGAAAGAGGGCAGAGGAGGAGAGGUGAGAAAGAGGGCAGAGGAGGAGAGGUGAGAAAGAGGGCAGAGGAGGAGAGGUGAGAAAGAGGGCAGAGGAGGAGAGGUGAGAAAGAGGGCAGAGGAGGAGAGGUGGAACAGAGGGCAGAGGAGGAGAGGUGGGAAAGAAGGCAGAGGAGGAGAGGUUGGAAAGAGAGCAGAGGAGGAGAGGUGGGAAAGAGAGCAGAUGUGGAGAGGUGGGCGAGGUGGGAAAGAGAGCAGAUGUGGAGAGGUGGGCGAGGUGGGAAAGAGAGCAGAGGAGGAGAGGUGAGAAAGAGGGCAGAGGAGGAGAGGUGGGAAAGAGGGCAGAGGAGGAGAGGUGAGAAAGAGGGCAGAGGAGGAGAGGUGAGAAAGAGGGCAGAGGAGGAGAGGUGAGAAAGAGGGCAGAGGAGGAGAGGUGAGAAAGAGGGCAGAGGAGGAGAGGUGAGAAAGAGGGCAGAGGAGGAGAGGUGAGAAAGAGGGCAGAGGAGGAGAGGUGAGAAAGAGGGCAGAGGAGGAGAGGUGAGAAAGAGGGCAGAGGAGGAGAGGUGGAACAGAGGGCAGAGGAGGAGAGGUGGAAAAGAAGGCAGAGGAGGAGAGGUGGGAAAGAGAGCAGAGGAGGAGAGGUGGGAAAGAGAGCAGAGGAGGAGAGGUGGGAAAGAGAGCAGAGGAGGAGAGGUGGGAAAGAGAGCAGAGGAGGAGAGGUGGGAAAGAGGGCAGAGGAGGAGAGGUGGGAAAGAGGGCAGAGGUGGAGAGUUGGGAAAGAGAGCAGAGGUGGAGAGGUGGGAAAGAAAGCAGAGGUGGAGAGGUGGGAAAGAGAGCAGAAGUGGAGAGGUGGGAAAGAGAGCAGAGGUGGAGAGGUGGGAAAGAGAGCAGAAGUGGAGAGGUGGGAAAGAGAGCAGAAGUGGAGAGGUGGGAACGAGAGCAGAGGUGGAGAGGUGGGAAAGAGAGCAGAGGAGGAGAGGUGGGAAAGAGAGCAGAGGUGGAGAGGUGGGAAAGAGAGCAGAGGAGGAGAGGUGGGAAAGAGAGCAGAUGAGGAGAGGUGGGAAAGAGAGCAGAUGAGGAGAGGUGGGAAAGAGAGCAGAUGAGGAGAGGUGGGAAAGAGAGCAGAGGUGGAGAGGUGGGAAAGAGAGCAGAGGUGGAGAGGUGGGAAAGAGAGCAGAGGUGGAGAGGUGGGAAAGAGAGAAGAGGUGGGAGAGGUGGGAAAGAGAGCAGAUGAGGAGAGGUGGGAAAGAGAGCAGAUGAGGAGAGGUGGGAAAGAGAGCAGAUGAGGAGAGGUGGGAAAGAGAGCAGAAGUGGAGAGGUGGGAAAGAGGGCAGAGGAGGAGAGGUGGGAAAGAGGGCAGAGGAGGAGAGGUGGGAAAGAGGGCAGAGGAGGAGAGGUGGGAAAGAGGGCAGAGGAGGAGAGGUGGGAAAGAGGGCAGAGGAGGAGAGGUGGGAAAGAGGGCAGAGGAGGAGAGGUGGGAAAGAGGGCAGAGGAGGAGAGGUGGGAAAGAGGGCAGAGGAGGAGAGGUGGGAAAGAGGGCAGAGGAGGAGAGGUGGGAAAGAGGGCAGAGGAGGAGAGGUGGGAAAGAGGGCAGAGGAGGAGAGGUGGGAAAGAGGGCAGAGGAGGAGAGGUGGGAAAGAGGGCAGAGGAGGAGAGGUGGGAAAGAGAGCAGAGGAGGAGAGGUGGGAAAGAGAGCAGAGGAGGAGAGGUGGGAAAGAGAGCAGAUGAGGAGAGGUGGGAAAGAGAGCAGAUGAGGAGAGGUGGGAAAGAGGGCAGAGGAGGAGAGGUGGGAAAGAGGGCAGAGGAGGAGAGGUGGGAAAGAGGGCAGAGGUGGAGAGGUGGGAAAGAGAGCAGAGGUGGGAAAGAGGGCAGAAGAGUAGAGGUGGAAAAGAGAGCAGAGGAGGAGAGGUGGGCGAGGUGGAAAAGAGAGCAGAGGAGGAGAGGUGGGCGAGGUGGAAAAGAGAGCAGAGGAGGAGAGGUGGGAGAGGUGGGAAAGAGAGCAGAGGAGGAGAGGUGGGAAAGAGAGCAGAGGAGGAGAGGUGGGAAAGAGAGCAGAGGAGGAGAGGUGGGAAAGAGAGCAGAUGAGGAUAGGUGGGAACGAGAGCAGAGGUGGAGAGGUGGGAACGAGAGCAGAGGUGGAGAGGUGGGAAAGAGAGCAGAGGAGGAGAGGUGGGAAAGAGAGCAGAGGAGGAGAGGUGGGAAAGAGAGCAGAGGAGGAGAGGUGGGAAAGAGAGCAGAGGUGGGAGAGGUGGGAAAGAGAGCAGAGGAGAGGUGGGAAAGAGAGCAGAUGAGGAGAGGUGGGAAAGAGAGCAGAUGAGGAGAGGUGGGAAAGAGGGCAGAGGAGGAGAGGUGGGAAAGAGAGCAGAAGUGGAGAGGUGGGAAAGAGAGCAGAGGUGGAGAGGUGGGAAAGAGAGCAGAGGUGGGAAAGAGGGCAGAGGAGUAGAGGUGGAAAAGAGAGCAGAGGAGGAGAGGUGGGCGAGGUGGAAAAGAGAGCAGAGGAGGAGAGGUGGGAGAGGUGGGAAAGAGAGCAGAGGAGGAGAGGUGGGCGAGGUGGGAAAGAGAGCAGAGGAGGAGAGGUGGGCGAGGUGGGAAAGAGAGCAGAGGAGGAGAGGUGGGCGAGGUGGGAAAGAGAGCAGAGGAGGAGAGGUGGGAAAGAGAGCAGAGGAGGAGAGGUGGGAAAGAGAGCAGAUGAGGAUAGGUGGGAACGAGAGCAGAGGUGGAGAGGUGGGAACGAGAGCAGAGGUGGAGAGGUGGGAAAGAGAGCAGAGGAGGAGAGGUGGGAAAGAGAGCAGAAGUGGAGAGGUGGGAAAGAGAGCAGAGGAGGAGAGGUGGGAAAGAGGGCAGAGGUGGAGAGGUGGGAAAGAGGGCAGAGGUGGAGAGGUGGGAAAGAGAGCAGAGGUGGAGAGGUGGGAAAGAGAGCAGAGGAGGAGAGGUGGGAAAGAGGGCAGAGGUGGAGAGGUGGGAAAGAGGGCAGAGGUGGAGAGGUGGGAAAGAGAGCAGAGGUGGAGAGGUGGGAAAGAGGGCAGAGGUGGAGAGGUGGGAAAGAGAGCAGAGGUGGAGAG